GGAACGAGUAUAUGUACGUAUAUUUCUUCAACAGCAACAAAAUCAAGGGAAUGUGCCUGGUACCGACAUCAUCGUCGGAUUUCGUUAACAUGUGUGUUUAUUAUUUUUUUCCAAAAGGGAAUGCAUACACUUUAUUUUAAUGCAUACACUCAAUGUAUGCAUUCAAAUAAAACUUGACAUGAAAACGAACCGUAUAAAAAAUUUUCAUUUUUCCUGUUCGUCUUCCUAAGAAAUUACUAAAAUAAAAGUACGCAAUGUUCAUUCGGGGUUUUUUGAUAGAUGACUGCAGUGGUAAAUGUCAGUUGAAACAAGCAGAUCAAACAUUUUAUACAGUAAGCUAGAAUUUCUUUCAACAGCACCACAUCACUGAAUCACAUAUUUGCAUAAAAAAAGUACAUUUUGUUCAAAGGCAAAUAGGUACCGUUAUACUUAAAUUUUUCCCUUAGAGAAUUGCCUCCAAAACUCUUAUCUUACCUACCAAAUACCUUUAUCGAAGUAAACAUUUGAAGUGAAAUGAGUCACUUCCAUGAACGAUAUGUGCAAUUUGCCUUAUAUGUACAUUCAAAUCUUUUUUAAAUGCUUGUAUUAGCCUUGAAUCGUAGAUUUUUGACGUCAUACUUUUGGAAAUGAAAAUUUAAAAUUAUUUUAACGUUGUGUACCUACGUUGAACAUAAAAAUAUCACCAUAAACAACCACAUUUGGAGUUUACAAGCUUGCAUACUCCUAUCAUUCUAACUUCUAAUGCAUCACCUUGAUCCACCAUAGCACCGUUAAUAGCAUACACAAAAGACACAAAUCAAAAUGACAACUAAUCAACAAAAUACAUUUGUAACUUCUGUUGCUAUACUCCUUGUGGUUGUAACAUUAUAUUUCACUACAAAUGCUCUAAAACGUAAUUAUGAUAACAACAAUCAAUUAAAAAAAUUAGAAGAAUCCAAUCGAUUGAGUGCAUUUGAAAAAGAACAACAAAAUCUUCUGCGAUUGGAAUUGGAAGAAAAAGAAAUCAAACGUCAAGCCGACAUAUCAGCUAAAUUAAAAGAACAUCAAGACUGUUGCUAUGAUUUGCAGAUAUUUACAGCUGAAAUUCUUGCUAAAGAUCAAUCAAUUCAACAAAUUAUUAAAGAAAAUAUUGAUAAAUCAAAUGAAAUUUUACUAAAGCAAUUUAAAAAGACUUAUCGUAAAAAGGAUUUGAAUAAGACUCCGCCACCGAAAAAAGGGGCUUCAACUGAACCUAUUAUUUAUUUAUUUGUACUUGUUCUAUUGUAUCUUCUAUUGAAGGCAGCAUCUGAUAUAACUCAACAUUAUAAAGAGCAAUCCAAGGGAGACAAACGGAAUAAUCGUCGAUGCUCCUUGCAAGUUUAUGCUCAAAUGAAAAGCGAUCGACGUCCAUCCAAAGAAAACCGGCUGCUCUCCAUGAAUUCCCGAUCGAAAUCUGUUGAUCGACCAAUAUUGCAACGGUCCAAACGCAUCUAUCCCAUAUUGAGAUCAUACACAUCUGUAGAUGAACAUGAACGGAGUAGCUGUUCGAAUAGCACCACAUCAUUACUUCUACCACCCACAGCAGAUAGUCCAUCUGUUGAAAAUAUCAUCAUCCCUACGAAUUUGAUUGUACCUAGUGUCAGUAGACCAAAGAGCUUAUUAAUUUCUGAAAUUCCGUCAUCAAGAAGAUGUUCUGUACCGGCAGUUAGCUUGCAACAUUUGGGUCUUCUAAGUCGACGAAGAGAUUCGAUUGCAACAUUUUCGGAAGAGGAUCCACUUGGUUUGGAUAUAAAGAAAAGGCACCGAAUGAUUCAGCGUCAUUGAAAUGUGAAAAAAAACUGCAGAAAGAAAUUUGAACGUGAAAAUUUUUUGAAAACCUUUUUUGAUGAAGAAUAAAUCAUUAUAUUUUGCUAUUUAUCCGUCCUUUACUCUGUCUGAUAAAAUAUAUUAUCUUUCCUUUUUGACUCAUAUUUGCUAAGUGUAUUUCCAAGUUUAUAUUCCAAGUCCUUGACCAUUUCGAACAAUUUAAAAAGACUUCCAAAU